UCUGGCGGUGAAGCGCGGUGCACUCUGGGACACGGCACUGGCGGGAGGCGCAGGCCGGUUUCCGAGGUGAGGGUACGCGGGCUGCGACAGGAUGGUGAAGCUAACGGCAGAGCUGAUCGAGCAGGCGGCGCAGUACACCAAUGCUGUGCGGGACCGUGAGCUGGACCUCCGCGGAUAUAAAAUUCCUGUUAUUGAAAAUCUAGGUGCCACCUUAGACCAGUUUGAUGCUAUUGAUUUUUCUGACAAUGAGAUCAGGAAACUGGACGGUUUUCCUUUGUUGAGAAGACUGAAAACCUUAUUAGUGAACAACAACAGAAUCUGCCGUAUAGGUGAGGGACUUGACCAGGCUCUUCCCUGUCUGACAGAACUCAUACUCACCAAUAACAGUCUAGUGGAACUGGGUGAUCUGGACCCGUUGGCAUCUCUCAAAUCACUGACAUAUCUAAGCAUCCUAAGAAACCCUGUAACCAAUAAGAAGCAUUAUCGACUUUAUGUCAUCUAUAAAGUUCCACAAGUCAGAGUACUGGACUUUCAGAAGGUGAAGCUCAAAGAGCGUCAGGAAGCAGAGAAAAUGUUCAAGGGCAAACGGGGUGCACAGCUUGCAAAGGAUAUUGCCAGGAGAAGCAAAACUUUUAAUCCAGGUGCUGGUUUGCCAACUGACAAAAAGAAAGGUGGGCCAUCUGCAGGGGAUGUGGAGGCAAUCAAGAAUGCCAUAGCAAAUGCGUCGACGCUGGCUGAAGUUGAGAGGCUGAAGGGCUUGCUGCAGUCUGGCCAGAUACCGGGCAGAGAGCGCAGAUCAGGGCCGAGUGAUGAGGGCGAAGAAGAGAUGGAAGACGACACAGUCACAAACGGGUCCUGAGCUCUGCCGGAUGCCCUGAUAAGCUCUCUUGGGACAAGUCUUGCAUUUUGAGCAUGGAGUAACAACCUUGCUUGUGUCAGCAACGUGGAAUCUGCAGCUUUGCUGAAUGUUCAGAACUACUGCUGAUAAUUUUUUAAUAUGAACCUUGAAAUAGCAAUGCCAGUUUUCUACAAAUGGUAAAUAAAGACAACUUACUGUGCUGCCA